AGCCCUGCAGAGGGAAUGGCAACAGCCUGCUGGGAGCAAUGUGGACUGCCAGCUGCCGAUCUCACUGUUGACAAUAAAAGCAGAUAUGUUCCUUGCUCACUGCCAUUAGCACUGACCAUGACCCUUCACACCAAAACCUCUGGAGUUACCCUGCUGCACCAGAUUCAAGGAACUGAACUGGAGACACUCAGCAGACCUCAGCUGAAGAUUCCUCUGGAAAGAUCGCUCAGCGACAUGUACGUGGAGACCAACAAGACAGGAGUUUUUAACUACCCAGAAGGUGCCACCUAUGAUUUUGGUACUACAGCUCCAGUGUACAGCUCUACUACGCUCAGUUACGCCCCUACUUCUGAAUCUUUUGGGUCCAGCAGUCUGGCAGGAUUUCACUCGCUGAACAGUGUCCCACCAAGCCCGGUGGUAUUCUUGCAAACGGCACCCCAGCUCUCACCCUUCAUCCAUCAUCACAGCCAACAGGUACCCUAUUACCUUGAAAAUGAUCAGGGCAGCUUUGGAAUGAGGGAAGCUGCUCCUCCAGCCUUCUACAGGCCAAGCUCUGAUAACAGGCGCCACACCAUCCGGGAGAGGAUGUCCAGUACCAAUGAGAAAGGGAGCCUGUCCAUGGAAUCCACCAAAGAAACUCGGUACUGUGCUGUCUGCAACGACUAUGCUUCAGGCUACCAUUAUGGGGUCUGGUCUUGUGAGGGAUGCAAAGCUUUCUUCAAAAGGAGUAUUCAAGGGCACAAUGACUACAUGUGUCCUGCUACUAACCAGUGCACCAUCGACAAGAACAGAAGAAAGAGUUGCCAGGCUUGUCGACUGAGAAAAUGCUAUGAAGUGGGAAUGAUGAAAGGUGGAAUCCGGAAAGACCGCAGAGGUGGGCGAGUGAUGAAACAAAAGCGUCAAAGAGAGGAGCAGGAUUCCAGGAAUGGGGAGGCUUCUUCAACGGAGCUGCGAGCUCCCACCCUUUGGACAAGUCCACUGGUGGUUAAACAUAACAAGAAGAACAGUCCGGCCUUAUCCCUGACGGCAGAACAGAUGGUCAGUGCCUUGCUGGAAGCUGAGCCACCGCUAGUUUAUUCUGAAUAUGACCCAAAUAGACCAUUCAAUGAAGCCUCUAUGAUGACCCUGUUGACCAACCUGGCAGACAGAGAAUUAGUGCACAUGAUCAACUGGGCAAAAAGAGUUCCAGGAUUUGUGGAUUUAACACUCCAUGAUCAGGUUCAUCUACUGGAAUGUGCCUGGUUAGAGAUACUGAUGAUUGGCUUAGUCUGGCGCUCCAUGGAACACCCAGGAAAGCUUUUAUUUGCACCUAACCUAUUACUGGACAGGAAUCAAGGGAAAUGUGUAGAGGGCAUGGUGGAAAUCUUUGACAUGCUGCUGGCUACUGCUGCUCGAUUUCGCAUGAUGAACCUUCAAGGGGAGGAAUUCGUGUGCCUUAAGUCCAUCAUCCUGCUCAAUUCUGGUGUGUACACUUUUCUUUCCAGCACCUUGAAAUCUCUAGAAGAAAAAGACUAUAUUCACCGUGUCCUGGACAAAAUUACAGACACUCUGAUUCACUUAAUGGCUAAGUCAGGUCUUUCUCUGCAACAGCAACACAGACGACUGGCUCAGCUCCUCCUCAUCCUCUCUCACAUCAGACACAUGAGCAACAAAGGAAUGGAGCACCUGUACAAUAUGAAGUGUAAGAAUGUAGUUCCACUCUACGAUCUCCUGCUGGAGAUGCUGGAUGCUCACCGACUGCAUGCCCCAACAGCCAGGAGUGCUGCACCAAUGGAAGAGGAGAACCGGAGCCAGCUGACAACUGCACCAGCUUCAUCUCAUUCCUUGCAGUCUUUUUAUGUAAACAGCAAAGAAGAGGAAUAUGCAGAAUACAAUAUAAGCAGAAGUCAGAAUAUAUAACGGUAUGAGAAACCCAGCAGCAUACUACCUAGCUCAUGCUUCAUUUUAUCUAUUGUGCCACCUUUGAAAACACUCCAGUGACAACAGACACCUGCAUUUUCCAUUUGAGUGUUUGUCAAGCGGUUACCUAAAUUGAUUGCUUAUCCUAAAUGGACGACAUUUCAUUGCUGUGGACAGCCAGCAAGGAUUGUCAGGCUAACUUGAUUUAAAAUUUGCAGUGUUUUUAUUUAAUUUUGCAUGUAAGUUUGAUAAGUCCUAAUCUAAACUGUACAUUCAUUUUACUUUCAAUUGAUGGGGGAUAUCACCCAUGCAUAUUGGUAUCUUCCAAUGAGUUGUAGCUUUUGCUGAUAUCCAGCCAAAAUCCUGAGCUCGCUUAAUCCUUUACUUGCUUGAAACUUCGAAGCAAUUUGGUAGAGAUUCUGGAUGAGUUUUUGUGGGGUGUAAAUAGAAAGCUGACUGGCAUCUUAGUGUGCUGUAGUGAAACUGCACUGCUAGGGACUGCCUUAGUAGAUUCCUGCCUCUUUUCUUCCUACAGUAGAAAGGAACCCCUGUCUGAGAAUAAUGCUUUACCUUGCUGGCUUACAUCAGCAGACAACUCCAUCUCAAGCUCAUUCUGACCAAACUUUUAGGUAACCUUACCAUAUCCUCUAGGCAAAUUGCAUUGCAUGCAUCUGAUCUUGUUUGAUCCUAGAAAGCUAAAUUGUUCUGAUGCUCAACAGUGUAAAUCCAGGGCAACAUGCAAGCAGUGAUAACAUAGAUAAUUACUCUUGAAUCAGACGAGAUGAUUACUAAAGUCAUCAGGUCUUUAAAAGAAGGUCUUCACACAUCUACAGGAUCCAGCACUAUUUAUAAAAAAAUCUCCCCCUGCCCUGUGCUUUGUUGUGCUACAAAGCAAGGGGUG